UGUGAGCUUGCUUUCAUGGCUCCGCAAACCCUAACCGAGUACGAACGCCAGAGGCUUGAGAACAUCAAGCGCAAUGGAGAGAUGAUGGCUUCUCUGAAACUCCAUUGCUCAUCUCAAGAACUCUCUUCUGCGACCAAGCGUAUCAGGGUUGAACCAAAAGAUUAUAAGGUCGCUCAAUCAAAGAAGCCCAAGCCCGAAGCUCCUGUUGUCCUCCGCAAGUCUCUCCGUACACGACGACUACCACCUGAUUCGUCAUCAGCAGGAGGCGUUGAAGACGACCUUGUCGUUUCCCCCAAGAAGACCCCCAGAUCUCCUGCUCAAUCAAAGCCUUCUCCCAGAGUCUUGGGUCCUCUCAGUAUGAAAGAUGCUUAUAGUGGAAAAAACUCCGACCGGCAACUUAUAGAUACGAUCGUGAAUAUGUGGGAUAACACCCCUUUAAAUUGCGCAAUCAAAAAGGAGCUUUUUCCGAUCAAGGGGGAUAAAAAUUCUCUUGAAGCGAUUACAGGUUCUUCAGAAAAUUAUCCUUCUAGAUUUUCAAUCAAGAAGGAAUUUGCUGGGGAUAGAAGCCCUGACGUUCCUAUCUUCUGCGAGAGAACUCCGGUGAAGAGUGAAGCUGAAGGGGAAAUGGAGAAAACCCCGUUGAAUGAUUCAAUGAAGAAGGAACUUGAUAAUAAUAAUGGGGCCUCUUAUGCUACAUUUAUGAGUAUAUCGGAAAAAGCUUCUUUAAGUUCCCUUAACUUGGCAUCACUGAGAUUGAAACCAGAAAAUAUUGCAAGAGUUGUGCCUGGAAGGAUACUGAAUGUUUGCUUUUUUCCUUCAACAUACCGUUUGUUGGUUGUUGCUGGGAACAAAUUAGGGAAUGUUGGAUUUUGGGAUCUUGAUAGUCAAGAGGGGAAAGGAGAUGGUAUUUAUUUAUACCACCCUCACUCUGCUCCUGUAUCGGGGAUUUUGAUCCAACCUUUUUCAUUAUCGAAGGUUUUCACGAGCAGCUAUGAUGGAUUAAUUCGUUUAUUGGAUGUAGUUACGGAAUCAUUUGAUCUGGUUUACUCCAGCGAGUAUUCCAUCUUCUCUCUUUCUCAACGCCCUCAUGAUGCAAAGUCCUUAUAUUUUGGGGAGGGCCAAGGAGGAUUAAAUGUUUGGGAUGAGAGGGCAGGCAAAUCAUCAAGCACAUGGAUGUUACAUGAGAAUAGGAUCAACUCCAUAGAUUUCAACCCAAAAAACAAUAACUUGAUGGCUACAAGUUCCACUGAUGGUACUGCCUGCAUCUGGGAUGUGAGACGCAUUAAUGCAAAUAAACCAAAAUCCCUGAAGAUUUGCUUAAACAAAUCCUUCAUAUCGGCUUUUGAUUACAAAAGGGCUGUUCAGUCUGCUUACUUCUCACCCAGUGGGAAUUGUCUUGCAACAACAAGUGUUGGUGACAAAGUUGGAGUUCUGAGAGGAGUUGACUUUGCAGAGAUGGAUAUGAUCCAUCAUAAUAAUCAGACGGGCAGAUGGAUUUCUUCUUUCAGGGCAAUAUGGGGUUGGGAUGAUUCUUAUGUCUUUAUAGGCAAUAUGAGAAGGGGAGUUGAUGUUAUUUCCACUACUCACAGAACAACAGUGAUGACUUUAGCAAGCCCACUCCUGUCUGCGAUUCCAUGUCGGUUUGCUGCACACCCAUAUACAGUUGGUACAUUAGCUGGAGCUACAAGUGGGGGCCAGGUAUACAUAUGGACAUCAAGUUAGAAAACAUUGCUGCUCAGAACAUAAUAUGUUAAUGUUUAUGUCCAAACCAAGUUUUUGGGCGAUGGACAAAUUGCUGUCCCAUGUGGAAUCCAGGCAGCAGAUUUCCUGUAAAUUUUGGAUAAUGAAAGAAACCUUUU